AUGACUCAAAGGUUUCUCACCCGUUUACAGCUACCGACUAAUCAAUGCUUCGUUGAUCGACUAAUCAAUGCAGCAGAUGGCAACGCGAGCACGAUUGCGGAAAGGUUUACCGAGGCCACUUUCCAUUCAACGUAUAACAACUUGAAACACCAAUUGAAUUUUCUGAUAGUACCCAAAAUCGCUGAUAGAGUACCCAAUGAGGCGUUUCCUCGAGAACAAUUUGACAUUCCAAAAAGCCUAAAACUAGCAGACCCCCAAUUUCACGUGCCUAGGCCCAUCGACGUCUUAUUAGCUUCAGGUUCUAUGAUGUCGUCCCUCGCGAUAGGUCAGAUCAAGUUGGGUAACGAGAAAUCACAGAUCACGCUCCAAAAGAUAUCGUUCGGCUGGGUAACGGCUGGAGAUUCAAUGCCCACAGAGACUCCUAGCACCGUCUCGUGCAACGUUGUGAAAUUGGACCAGCUCCUGGAACGAUUCAUGGCCGUCGAGGAUCUUGACUAUCGACCUGUCAAGGCUCGAGACGACGUGAUCUGCAAGGAAUACUACGUGAAGACCACCACUCGUAAUAGUUCAGGCCGUUACACUGCCCGUUUACCUUUUCGACCGGAAACUUUCGAAAUAGGCUCAUGUAAACAUCGAGCGUUGCAGCGACUCAGGGCGUUAGAGAGAAAGUUUAGCGCCAAACCUGCCUUCCAGGCCGAGUAUAAAAGGGAAAGUCAAGGAUAUCUGGAUUUAGAUCACAUGACACUGUGCGAGGACGACGUUGAGAAUGGGUAUUAUUUGCCCCAUCACGCAGUUGUAAAGGAAUCGAGCGAAACGACUAAAUGUAGGGUAGUGUUCGAAGCGUCUGCGAAAACAUCGACCGGUAUUUCAUUAAAUGAUAUCCUAUUGACCGGGUCCAUCAUUCAGGACACCCUUUUACAGCAAAUCUUGCGGUUUCGCACGCAUUCUUUCGUCAUAACCGAGGACAUAGAAAAAAUGUAUCGACAGGUCUGGGUCCAUCCAGACGACAGAAAGUUUCAGAAGAUUCUGUGGUAUUACGAAGCGAUUCGAACACUAUUUCAGCUAGCCAUGGACGAGAGAGCGAACUUUCCCCAGACUUCACUACUUCUCCGUCGUGAUUUUUACGUGGAUGACUUUCUAUCGGGUGCAGACACCUUGGAAGACAUCCUCGCGAUCCGCGACGAGAUGAUAGAACUCUUAAGUCUUGAUAGGUUUGUUAUCCAAAAAUGGACAUCCAAUCAUCCAUUUGCAUUAAAGAACAUCGACAAGAAAAUCUUCGAUUUAGAUUGUGGGAUUGAAGGGAAUCGUCUUAAGAAAACGCUCGGAAUCGUUUGGGACUCCCAACUCGACAUUUUCACGUACACAGCGAAUUGUCAUGAUCCUCAAUCCGUUUCCACAAAGAGGAAACUUCUGUCACAGAUAGCAAGGAUUUUCGAUCCUUUAGGUUUGUUAGGUCCCCUCAUCUUGAGCGCUAAGACCCUAAUACAAAAAUGCUGGAGAGCGAAACUCACGUGGGACGAACACUCCCUCAAGAUAUCCACACCAAAUGGAUUGCAUCCAAUCUCCACUGAAAUGCACGGUUUCUGCGACGCAUCGCUGUACGGAUACGGUGCAUGUUUAUUCAUUUGUUCCGUCCAUUUAUCAGGAAAUGUCGCUGUAAGAUUAGCCUGCAGUAAAUCUAAGGUUGCUUCUUUCAAACACCACACGAUGCCCCAUUUUUUGGCCGGUGCUGCCCUCUUAAAACUACUGUACAACGAAUCCAAGGCUCAGCUAUAUUCUCCUAAUAAACGAGUGAUAUUCUGGACAGACUCGAUGAUCGUUCUCUACUGGUUGAAGAAGGCUUCUCACAUGUUGCGAACAUACGAGUCCAAUAGGGUAGCUGACAUCCAAAAACUGGACGACGAGGUCGAAUGGAGACACAUCCGCUGA